UGUGCGUGUAUACGUGUGUGCGUGAGUGUGCGCGUGCGCAGCAUGGCAGUCCUCACUUCUUGUCUCCCCUGCUAGCCUCACUCCUCCUGCACUUUGCCGGGACUGCGGACAGGACGAUGACUUAGUGACCAGCACAUCUCGUCAGCGCGCCCAGGUGGAAUUCUGCUGCUACUUCUCCUUUAUCGCCAAAAUAUGGCGAGCGGGGAUGACGACGACCCCAUUAUAGAGGAGAUUGACGUGUACCUGGCCAAAAGCCUGGCUGAAAAGCUCUAUCUAUUCCAGUACCCCGUGCGACCGUCCACUAUGACGUACAACAACGUGGAACAUCUAUCUGCUAAGAUCAAGCCCAAACAACAAAGGGUGGAGUUGCAGAUGGCCAUGGACAGCAGCAGCCCAAACUACUGUCGCAGUAAGGGCGAGCAAAUAGCGCUCAACGUGGACGGCACCACCUACGAAGAAAACAACACGUAUUCAACGAAAAUGAUGGACAAGCAGACGUUCUCGUCCAUCCAGGCCACCACCAACACAUCCAGAUACGCCGCCGCUGUGUUCCGGAAAGGUGAGCUGCACGUGACACCCCUGACAGGAAUCCUGCAGAUGAGGCCCAGCUUUGGCUACCUGGACAAGGCUGACAACAAAACCAGAGAGCGCGAGGCGGCCAAUGAAGGCGGAGACUCCUCCCAGGACGAAGCCGAAGAAGAGGCCAAGACCAUUUCGGUAAGGUUUGCUCGUCCCGAGUCGGAGCAGGCGCGGCAGAAGAGGAUCCAAUCGUACGAGUUCAUCCAGAAGAAGCAUGCAGAGGAGCCCUGGAUUCACCUGCAGUACCACGGCGUGAUGGAUGGGCGCUCGGAACACGAAAAGCAGUAUUUGUUCUGCCAACGUAUGGAUUCUUCCGAAAACUCAGAACUGGUUAAAACUCCUAAGGAGUAUCUGUCAAUGCUCAUGCCUCCUCUAACAGAGGAAAAAGUUGUAAAGCCUGUAGGCCCCAGCAAUGUUCUCUCCAUGGCCCAACUGCGCACUCUGCCGCUGGGAGAGCAAAUCAAGACGCUGAUGAAGAACGUCAAAGUGAUUCCUUUUGCCAACCUGAUGGGGCUGCUGGCGUCGGGUACAGACUCCACCUCGGUGCUGCGCUGCAUCCAGCAGGUGGCGCUGCUGGUUCAGGGCAACUGGGUAGUCAAAAGUGACGUUCUGUACCCCAAAAACACAUUCAGUCCUCACAGCGGCGUCCCGGCUGAGGUUCUGUGUCGAGGCCGCGACUUUGUGAUGUGGCGCUUCACACGGGAGCGUUCUUUGAUGAGGAAGGAGGUGGCGGCCAUCAUCAAACUUCCUCCCGAGGACGUGAAGGACUUCCUGGAGCACGUGGCGGUGCCGCGCGUUAACCGCGGCUGGGAGUUCCUGCUGCCCGCCGACGUGGACUUCAUGAAGAAGCACGCCGACGUGGCCCACCGCCAACAGAUGUUGUGGCUCGGCAUACAGAGCAAGCUGGAAAAGGUCUUCAACUUCUCAAAGGACGACUUCCUGCCCAAGAACUCCCAACAUCCUGAGGCGGGCCAUGUCGGUGGAGAGCAACGUCUGAAGCUGGCCCAGGAGCGCGCUCAGGAAAAGCGGGCGUCUCUCCAAAAGGAGCUGGACGCCAAGCGAGGAGGAAGCGUCCAAAUCAAGCAGGAGCCCCUCAGCGACCACGAGGACGAGCGCAUGGACACUUCUUGUCCUCCGACGCCGACCUCCUCCUCGGGAUUACCCAACGGUUCCCUCAACGGCUACCCCGCCGUCAACGGGGGCAGCCCCGCCAACGUGCCCUCUCAGGAGCUGCUGGACUUUGUGACCAAGACUUUCAGGAGCAACCACGUACUGACGCUCAACGAGCUAAAAAGGCUCUUCAGCCUCCACUUGGCGUCCAUGCCGUCAGGACAGAUUCCCUUCGGACCCGUGUCGGACCACAUGCUGCAGGACGCCGUGCUGCUCAGCCGCUGCAAACAGAUCCUGGUGCCUUUCCCCGCUCUGACCACAGCCUCCGCCGACGAGCAGAAGGUGUUUGGCGUGUGGGAGACUGGAGACGACUUUGACAAGCAACGUCGUCUGCUCUAUGAACUUUUCAACAAAAACUACCGAGUGAAGCGCACCGCGGUCCAAGCCCGCCUCAGCGAGGAGUUUGGCACCGCCUCCAAGGCCGACGUGGACCGCGUGCUGAAGGAGUGCUGCAGCAGCCACGCGGGCAUGUGGUACUUGAAGGGAACCAUCCCCUCAUGACACACACACCCCCCCAGCCAAUCACAGUGUCCUGAGGGAGAGGCCAGGGCGGCUGAUUGGUGGAGAAGGUCACCACACUUUGAUCACGGAAUCAUCACACGCCUGCUUUGGAACUUUCAGCAGGAAGCAUCAUGAAGGUCAUUUUUCUUUCUGACAGCAAAUAUGCAUCUGACAUCAUAUUCACCUUCCACACACACUGGACCAUCUACACUAUGUACACUAUAUCAGAGACGCACACUUUCUGCCAAGCAACAGUCCAAUAAAUCAUGCUUUUUGGAUUGA